AUGCGAGAUGAUCAACAAUUGAGCUGCUAUCCCUUAUGGAACUCCGCUGAUGCAACCUUCUCACGAUGUGCUUUGCCGUAUAUUGCAUCUAUCCCGGCGCUCGUAAUCGUGCUUAUCGCGGUCAAGUACCUGCUCGGAAGCCAAUAUCUGUACAGAUGGCGGCCGAAAUGGACCAUUCCAUUUGUUUCAGAAGAGAAUACUACGCCAGAUGAGCUUCCGGUGACGCGCCGACAGCCGUCACAGGCUUGGGCUCUUCUUGUACUUGCUCUCAUCAGUCUUGGCGCUGAGAUUGUGCAGCUUGUGAAGACUCCUUUCUUUGGAUAUGUCAUGUUUACAGUAGCAUGGGGCCUUGCAUCUCUUGUAUUAGCUAUCAAAAGACCACGAACGGCCCCUACUUCGUUUCUCGCAUUCUAUGCUUUGGCCUUUCUAGCACAAUACAGCAUCUCCGGCGUCGGUAGCAUUGACCAUCUUCUGAGUCGUAUUGCACACAAGUCAGUCAUCGGAGCUUCGGUAGGAUCAAUAACCAUCAUUCUAUCAAUGCCAGCUCGAGAACCUUCUUUACCUAAAGACGGUAUUGGCAAAGUCGGCGAAACACCAUCUGAUACCCUACGCAGUCCUGAGGAUGACCUGUCAUUGUGGCAGUUUCUCACCGUCUCGUGGAUGUCGCCUUUGAUUUCCGUUGGACGAAAACGGAAAAUAAACGAAGAUGACGUUUGGCUUCUUGGAUUUGAAUUUCAGCAUAGAAGGCUCCAUGAAAACUUUCGGCAACUUCGGGGAUCUGUUUUGAGACGUUUACUGCGAGCUAAUGGAAUAGACCUUUUCAUUCUUAGCUGCAUUUCCCUUGUACAGAUGGCUUUCAACUUUUCGUCACCGCUUCUUCUGCAACAAUUCCUGAAAGUUCUGUCUGACGAAAUAAGUGACAAGAGGGUAGCCAUGAUCUACGCAGCAAUAAUGCUCCUCGUGCGGUUGCUGUUUGCGCAAACGCAAGUUCUCAACCUCUGGUACGGCCGAAGAUGUUAUGAGCGAAGCAGAGGAGAAAUGAUCAUGAUGGUUUAUGAGAAAGCGUUGUCACGAAAGAAUACAUUUGGCCAGAAAAUGUCGAGCAAGGAGGAACCGGAGAAUGGCACCACAGAGAAUGGUCACACGAACGGCAACGGCGACAGCGAACAAGGCAAAAAAAGCAGAAAAUUAUGCGGUCUGAUUCCAUGGACAAGCAAAGAUCGGAAGAAAGAAGUGGCCAAAGAAACCGCAUCCAUGGGUAAAAUCUUUAACCUACUUCGAGGCGAUGUGUAUGAAGUAGCACAGCGGUUUUGGGAAAUCAAUGAAAUUAUCGAUAAGCCCAUCGGUCUCGUGAUUGCUGUCGUUCUUGUCUGGAAUUUGUUCGGCCCUUCGUGUUUCCUGGGAGUACUCACAGUCAUAUUUUCUCAAGUCAUCAAUGGCUUCAUCACUCGCUAUGUUCUGCGAUGGGGUCGAAUUCGCCGAGCCGUCACUGAUGCUCGAUUACAAAUCUCGUCGCAGUUUGUGGAAGCCCUUCGCCAUCUUCGCUGGUACGGAUGGCAGAACCAUUGGCUUCGCCAGGUCAUGGAAGCUCGUGACAAGGAGCUAAAUGUACAGAUCAUUACGAGCUUAUUGCAGAUUGCGAUCUCGUUUGUGCAAGUCUUUAGCAGUGGGGUGUUCCCCGUCGUUGCUCUAUACGGCUACACGAUACUUGCAGGUCACCCGUUGAGCAUCGAUGUCAUCUUCCCGGCGCUCCAGCUCUUUCAGAUGCUAGAAGAGCGAUUGCAAGAGAUUCCAUCGUUGAUCACUAUGUUUAUCAAUGCUUCCAUUGCAAUGGGCAGGAUUGAGGACUUUAUGAAAGAGCCGAACAAGGAGGCAAGGGCUGGGGAGAUGGUGUCUGAUGUCUCACCAAUCAAGUUGGAAGAUUGUUCGUUUGCUUGGCCUGGAAAGCACAUUCCAGUAUUAUCGGAUGUCAGUCUGACUAUCCCGCAAGGCUUGACUGUUGUUUGUGGCGUGGUAGGUGUUGGAAAGUCUGCACUAUUGCAAGCUCUACUCGGCGAACUUGAUGAAUUGAAAGGCGUUUCUCAUUUACCGAACGAAAUGGUAGGAUAUUGUGCCCAAACACCUUGGCUGCAGAGUAUGAGCAUCCGUGAUAACAUCCUGUUUUCAUCACCAUACAAUGAACAAAGAUACAAGCGUGUCCUAGAAGCCUGCGCCUUGGUCCCCGAUCUAGCCAACUUUGCACAUGGCGACUUGUCAUUCAUUGGCGAGAAUGGAAUCGGACUGUCAGGCGGACAAAAGGCACGAGUGGCUCUCGCAAGAGCAGUGUAUAGCGCAGCCAGGGUUCUUUUUCUGGAUGACCCAUUGUCUGCACUGGAUCAUAAUACAGCCGAAUUCAUCGUGCGCAAAUGUCUGCUUGGACCAUUGAUGCAAGAUCGCACAAUUGUACUCGUUACGCACCGUGUGUCUUUGGUGCAAUCUCAUGCUGAUCAGAUUGUGGAAGUUGCUGGAGGCAAGGUCCGGAGCGUUGGAAAGCAAGAUAUCUCUUCCAUCCGUGGCGCCUACGAGGAUGAAACACAGCAUCCCGGCAGUGAGCAGACCGAAGAUGAAGUCUCUGCAGUCGUUGCGGACAAAUUUAUCGAAGAAGAACAUCGAGCCGACUGGGGUGUGCAGACUCGCGUGUACUGGGCUUAUAUAAAAGCUGGAAAUCUCAAAUGGUGGACACUUCUUGUCAUCGUCAUAGUGCUUCACCGCGCUCUGGCUAUUCUACAGUCCUGGUUCCUCAAGGUAUGGGGUGAAGCAUAUAGUCAAUUCAUGGUUGUGCCCCGCUAUACCGAAUUGCAAACAAGUCUGAGUGCACAAUGGGCAAUAAUGGAGCAUGCGCCGACCAUCAUGGGCUAUGACAAUGUCAGUAUGCGCAGCUGGCCGUUGGACCGCAAUCAUAUGCCAUCUCCAGCAGAAGAUGUUCGUCCUUGGUUGGCUGUAUACUUUGGAUUUGCCGCUGUUCGAGCCGUGAUUAUGCUCAUAGCACGACUACUCAUGCUAACGAUUGUGUAUUGCGCUGGAAAAACCAUGUUCAGAGAGGUUAUGCAGCGCGUCAGUCAGGCCACUUUUCGAUUCUUCGACGUUACUCCUGUUGGCCGAUUGAUGAAUCGUCUAACAUCUGAUAUCGGUACAGUCGACCGUAAUAUCAGCCUUCAAUUUACAGGAAUAGCAUUCCAAAUAAUUAUUUGGGUUUCUUCUAUUGUCGUGAUUGCCUCAAUGACUCCGGCUUUCCUUGUCUUUGCUGUUGCUUUAACAGCUAGCUUUGUCGCUAUAUUCUUGUGGUUUUUGCCUCUUUCGCAAAGUCUACGAAGAUUGGAAAUGGUGUCUUUGAGUCCAUUGCUCUCUAAUUUUGGCGAGUUAUUGCAUGGAUUGACCACCGUGCGCGCCUUUCACGCAGAAGUUCGUUUCCAAGACCGCGUUAUCCAGGUUGUUGAUAAGUUCCAAGGAAUGGACCAUUUCUACUGGUCCCUUCAGAGCUGGUUGUCGUACCGUUUUGAAGCGUUGUCAAGUAUUUCCACCUUUCUACUGACUGCCUUGGCACUGUAUACGAAUUCAUCGGCCGGUCUGGUUGCAUUCCUCCUUGUGACAGCCAACAACUUCGUCGACGCGACCCAUGCUCUAUGUCGACAAUACGGCCAACUUCAGAUGGACUUUGUCUCCGUGGAACGUAUUGACGAACUCCGUCAUGUUGAAACAGAGCCAGAAGGCGAAAUAGAUCCACCGGCUUAUUGGCCACGCUUCGGCAGCGACAUUGUCUUUGACAACGCCACAAUCCGCUACGCAUCUCAUCUCGACCCGUCUCUGAUUGAUAUCUCAGCAGUCAUCCCCGGCGGUUCCACAGCAGCAGUAAUCGGGCGCACAGGCAGCGGAAAAUCAACUCUGGCUUUAAGCCUGCUUGGCGUCCUCCAACCAGACAAGGGGCAAAUCCUCAUCGACAAAAUCGACAUUAGCAAAGUCAACAAACAAGCCCUGCGCACACGCAUCACCUUCGUCGCCCAAGACCCGAUCCUAUUUCCCGGCAGCAUCCGCAAAAACCUUGAUCCCACAGAUGAAUUCUCAGAUCACGAAUGCGCCGAUGCCCUACAACGGAUCUGUGCACGCCACGGCUGGACAUUAGAUUUUCAAAUCGAAGCCGGAGGUAGGAAUCUGAGCCAAGGACAACGACAGCUUAUUGGCCUGACGCGAGCGGCAUUGAGACGUAGCGCCAUUGUGAUUCUGGACGAAGCAACAGCAUCGAUUGAUCAUGAGACGUCCCUGGAGAUACAGAAAAUCAUUCGCGAGGAGAUGAAGGAGAGUACGGUGAUUACGAUUGCGCAUCGGUUGGAGGCUAUAAGUGAUGCGGAUUAUUAUAUUGUGUUGGAUAAGGGGAGGGUUGAGAGGGAGGGGCGUGUUUGA